UCGCAGUCGGGAGAACUUCAUUUCCCAUCAGUCUUUGCGCACUUAGGGUUACACGCUGCUCUCCACCACGCAGUCAGAGCUGUUGAAACGAUAACUGUGGUUCUUGAACGACAUAGCUCGCAUGGCCCUCCGGUUUGAGGAGUGCAACACCUAAAUUCUAUCUGUGGUUGAACAUCACAGCUGAAAGGAGGAGGGCGAAGAGAGGAGGAGGAUGAUCAUGCAGCGCAUCCUUACUCAUGGGACACUCCGACGGGUGGCGGCGGUGCGCCCACUGCUGCUGGGCAUCGCCGUCCCCGACACCCCAGUAGCAUUUUGUUGGCACGCCCUCCGUCAGUCGCCACCUGUUGGCCAGCGUUGGCUCUCCACUUCGGCCGUCAGCACAGCAGCACACCAACCAAAGCACCAGCCGGCACAGGGGGAGCCGCAGUCUGACACCACGACGCCUCAGACACAGGACAACCCGGGAGAGAAAGCAGCACCUGAUCCUGCAGAGGUGGACCCUCUUCAGGACAAGUCCAUCGGCCUGUUCCAGAGGUUCAAAAGGACCUUUAAACAGUAUGGGAAGGUGAUGAUCCCUGUGCAUCUGGUGACUUCCUCUGUUUGGUUUGGAACCUUCUAUUACGCUGCUAUGAAGGGUGUGAAUGUAGUGCCAUUCCUGGAGAUGAUUGGUCUACCAGAGUCACUAGUUGGCCUUUUAAGAGACUCAUCGAGUGGGUAUGCGCUGACUGCAUAUGCCAUGUACAAGAUCGCAACCCCUGCUAGAUACACGGUGACUCUGGGCGGCACGUCACUGUCCAUUCAGUAUCUCCGCAAGCACGGCUACUUAUCCACACCGCCACCAGUUAAAGAGUACUUCCAGGACAAAAUGGAGGAGACGAAGGAGAAACUGACAGAAAAGAUGGAGGAGACAAAGGAGAGAUUUUCAGAGAAAAUUGAGGAGACAAAAGAACGCUUCAAUGAGAAAAUGGAAGAGACGAAAGACAAGUUCUCUGAGAAACUACAGGAGACCAAAGACAGAGUCUCUGAGGGAAAAGCCUUCUUUCAAAAGAAAAACGAUUAGAGAAUCAUGUCUACAGGUGGUGUCUCUGAAAAUAUGGUCAUGUUGUGAUCUCAAAAUGAUGUACUGAGUAAUGUGGGAAUCAAAUGGCAGAUGGUACCUCUGAGACUGGAAGGAGGAGAGAGAUGCUGCACUAUCCCUGUCCUGAAACCCUCCUCACACCUCUCAGUCAUGUUUUCUGUUUAAGUGUCCAGUCGAGUCCCUUUCUGUCUGAACUCUGCCUCCCUGCACUAGAUAGCAGCUUAGUGGACUGCUGGCAAUGCUACCUUCUGACACUGUCAUCUCAGACUGGAUUUGCACACACUCAAGUAAUCUGUACUCACUCUGUUGGCUCUUUAAAGAGGAGCACUGUUCUUGUUUCUCUUGUCACACCCAUCAAUACAGAAAGGGGGGGGUGGGGGGGGGGAGGUCUGGGCUUCAGAGAUAUAAACAAUGUGUCCGUGUAAUAACAGCACCUGGAGAGAGCAGUGCUAAUCAUUGUAGCUGUUAGGGAAUAAAACUUGAAGCUCAUCUGUGUGUACUAGUCCAUUAAAGCCUUUCUCAAGGCUCAGAGUGUCACCUGCUGUCUUUUCUAAUGAGAGAUAAAUGAAAGUUUUCUAAUGUAUUUUCAUUUGAUAGCCAAAGCUAAUGUGUGACAGCGUUUCAGUGUUCGUGUCACUGUUAGGGCAGUAGUGAGUAAAUGUGCAGUGCAUAAAGCAUGUAUGAGCUGCACACACAGUGUCACACAUGAACAGCAAGAGGGUCUUCAUGACUUUUGCACAACGACACAUUGGUUUUGUCAGGAAUUCACACAGAUGUCCACUGUAAACAACAACAGAAUAAAAGUCAAGUGCUAACCAAA